AUUAUCAACCCCGAUUCACAUGCAUGCAAUCGUAGAACUCAUCCCCACCAUUGCUGCUGGUGCGUGCAAGUAGCCCGUUCUGCCUUUGCACAUGGAAAGGCAGGAGGACCACCAAGGUCGAGAUGACGCGGAUGAUCGCGCCAUCUCGACCCUAGUGUUACCGCCGCCUCCUGGGCAAGGGCAACGCCAACAGGACACCUACAUCGUCCAAUUCCCAAAGGACCAAGUCUACCACGUGCCGCCGCGCGAGAAUGCCCUCAUCGCCGAGAAAUACCGGAACCCAACAAAACCAAAGAAAAGGGAAUGCAAUUGCGGUUGCUUCUCUCCCCGUGUGUUGAUCACCACCGCCAUAAUAAUCAUCUCCAUCCUCGCCAUUGUUGGCAUUACCCUUGCCACCUUGUUCUUAAUCUACAAACCAACCAAACCCAAAUUCGAGGUCACCCAUAUUUCGGUGAAGACCGUGCGCGGUGGCAAGAAUUCGCCACCACCGCCACCGCAGUACGAGAUUACGUUGACGGCCCACAACCGCAACAAGAAGUUGGGGCUGCAGUACGCCAACAAUGCGGAUAUUUCUAUGACGACGUUCGAAAAUACUAAGGUUGCAAGGGGAACGUGGUUCCCAGCGCUGAAACAAGAGAAAGGUAAUUCGACGGAAGUUAAUAUUAAUCUGACGGGGACGAGUGAACGGUUGCAUAGGGCAUUGGAGAAAUCGAAGAAUGUUACUCUGGAUUUGGAUAUGAAACUUUGGGUAAAGAUGACAACCGUGAGAAUGAAGACAGGGCCUCUCGAGUCUAAGAUUGCAUGCAAGAUUAUGGUUAGCAAUCUUGGCAACGGUACCAAGAUCUUGUCACAGGAUUGUGGCACUCAGAUCAAGAUUGGUUAGAAGGAUAAUGCAAUGGGAUGAAAUCUAUGGAUCGUAACCUUUUUCUGUAGAAGUGCAAGGUACUUUUUUUUUGGGUCGUUCAAGAGGUACCCUAUAGUGUUUUUGGGGCUAUAUUUGAUUAAUUGGGCUUUUAUCCAUUAAAUAUGUUCAUGUAAUACUUUCAAGCGUUUUUGCAUAUGGAUAUGGGUCAAUCCCACACAAAAACAAAAUGUUGACAUUUUACCCACGACUGUACAAAGCUAAAACAGCCUAAAAAUUCAUGUAAAAAAAAAAAAAA